AUGCUUGCCAAAGUACCGCGUUUAGCUCGUCAUUGUUUUAACUCUUCAUUCAAAAGUUUACAGGUACAAUUACCUUGGCAGGCGAGAACAAACACAGUUUUGGGAGCACUAUUAUUAUGUAGAAGAGGGAAUUCAUCAAACAUUUGGGGGCUUAACAAGUACCUUAUGAGUGUGCUGGUACAAAGGCAUUACAAUAUCAAUAAUAGUUGCAGUAAGAGCAUGAGCAGUUCUGUAGAUACAAGCAAAGAACGCGAAACAACUCCUAACUAUGUAAUUAGUAUCGCUAACUGGCUUAAUACGAAUACGCGCAUACGAGAUAGCGAGUUAUCAGCCGAUACGUAUCAUCGAAUCUCAGAAGAAACGAUGGAGAAUAUAUUAGAGUAUCUUGAGAAUUUGGGGGAUGAACUCGAUAACGUUAAAGAUUAUGAUGUUGAAUAUUCGAGUGGUGUAUUAACGCUGAAAUGUGGAUUAGCUGGUACAUACGUGAUAAACAAACAACCCCCAAAUAAGCAGAUUUGGCUGUCAUCGCCACUAAGUGGUCCAAAACGAUACGAUUAUGAUCUGGCGACACAAAAAUGGUUCUAUCACAGGGACAACACGACAUUAUAUGAUCUAUUGAAUGAAGAGUUGUCAAAGAUAUUUAAUAGAAAUGUUAAACCUAAAUUCAUCUUCCGCUUCAAAAAUUCUCCAACUCAAAGAAGUAUCGUGGCCGCUCAGGCAAGCCGUUCCUCAACAAUCCCGCAAUCUUCCCCUCAUAUAUUCGGUCAGCCAACUAGUGUUGCUCUUUUGAGUUCAUUGGGGAUUGGAUCGACUGGUGCAAAGUUGUCGAGCAAGUGUGACUUAAGACAAACUUAUCAUGGCUCGGGAAAUUCACUUCUAAUUAGAUAUGAUCGUUUGGUGCGUGAACUUUGGGUUGAAUUGCGCCAGGCAGAGGAAAAACACUUUUCAUUGGAAAUGGGAAAUGCAGAACAGGAACAGGAACUGCUGGAUAAAAUUGAAUCAUUGAAUACUGCAAUGUACGGCAAAAUUCCCUACAUUUUUUCAUAUGCUGCAGCGCAGAACCUUUUCCGUUUCUAUGCAAUAACGGGGAAAGAAAGCAGAAUCCCAAUUUCAGAAUGCGUGAUUUGUCAACACCCUUGGAGGAAUUCAUGGCAAGCUUAG